CCCCGCACCCCCAGACGUGGACUGACUCCCUGCGCUGUCUGGGCAUCUGCGCCGGCGGAUGUCUGCCUCGGAGCGGGCAACUCUUGCGGCGGCGGAGCCGGCUCUUGACUCAGUCCGCCUCGAGAGGCCCGGGUGCGGUGUUCGCUGGCCGGGAAGCCGGAGGUCCUGGGUUCGGAUCCUGCCGCUGACACCUAGGAGCCGAGCCGCCUGAAACCGGCCACUGCCCUCUCUGAGCCUUUGCCAAGAGUGAGCGGGUUCCUGAGACCUUAUCACCAAGGGUGGUUAGAAGCUUAGAAAAGGCGUAGGGAGUGAGCCCCAGCAGAGCCCUGAUGCGCACGGUUGAAUGAAGGCUGGUAAAUUCAGACGAUCAUUGUAGGGUCGUGUCAUUUAUGGGUCGACAACUGUCAACCUGGAACUACUAACUCAGCCCAGAAAUGUUGACAGAGGGAGAAAGACCCUGUUCCGUAUACCGCUACCCCCUCUUCAUUUUAGAGCACGGGCACUCGCCAGUCUGUGUAGUUAGUUGCUUGGGUUGUUAGUGAUCCUCUGUCUUUGUAGACUUCGCCCAAGCAUUCUCUAGAACUCCCUUGCUUUUCAUCCUUUCAGAAUUACCUACAGGUCUAUUAAAUGAAGGGCUCCACGAUUGGUGAUGUGAAAACAAGGAAGAAUUCGGUGGAACCUUCUGGGAGCUUACAUUCUAGAGUGAAAGGUGCAUUUCUUUAUCCACUCAAUAUUGAUCGAUUGCCAGCUAUGUGCCAGAGACUGUUAGGUACUGAGGAUACAGCAAGGGACAGCUUCAGUCCCUACCCUCAUGGACCUUACAUUUUAAUUACUGGAGGGGAAACAAGCAAUAAUCUGCUCACAUGUCUUCCGAGUUAAGUGCUGUAGAAUCAAAGGGUAUUAAGGAAAUGGAGAGGGGCAAGAUCUGCCACUUUUGUAGAGAGGCAUAAGGAAGUCCUCUGCGUGACAUUUUAGCAGAUACUUUGGAGAAAGCUGUGGAGCAACGCGCUUGAAUGCCUGGAAGAAAUUGUUUUCCAGGCAAGGGGACAGAAAGUGAACACUCUCUGGCAAGAGCAUGCUUGGUGAGUUCAAGGAACGUGUGGAGGAAGUAAAGGAAAGAGGAGUGGAGACCAGAGGCAGGAGAUCAGGGAGUUGUCCCACAGGGUCCCACAGUCCACUUUGGCUUUUACUCUGGGUGGAUGAAUGUGUUUGAGAAGGGGUGUGACAUCAUCUGGCCUAAGUUUUUGCAGGAUCAUGCUAACUGCUAGGUUGAGAAUGAAUUUGGGUGGGAGGGAAAAGGGGAAAACAGCAAGACCAGUUAGGAAGAUAUUGCAGUGAUCCAGGCAAAAGAGAACUGUGAUUUGGACCAGAGUGGGAGCAGCGAGAUGGUGAGAAGCAGAUUCUGGAUCUACUUUGAAGGCAAGACCACAUCCUUGUGAAUACUACUACUUGCCAUCAUAGGAGCAUGAGCAAAGGUGGUGUGAAAAGAAUGGAAACCGACUGUAAUCACAUGGAGCUCAGCAGUAUGUCAGGACUUGAAGACGAGUCAGAGCUUAAUGGUUUUGAAGGAACUGACGUGAAAGACAUGAGGCUGGAAGCGGAAGCCGUGGUGAAUGACGUUCUCUUCGCCGUGAACGACAUGUUCGUCUCUAAGACCCUGCGCUGUGCAGACGACGUGGCCUACAUCAACGUGGAGACAAGAGAGCGGGCCAGGUACUGCCUGGAGCUCACUGAGGCAGGGCUCAGGGUGGUCGGUCAUGCUUUUGACCAGGUGGACGAUCAUUUACAGACUCCCUACCAUGAAACAGUCUACUCCUUGUUGGAUACCCUCAGCCCUGCCUACCGGGAAGCAUUCGGAAACGCCCUUCUUCAGAGACUAGAAGCUUUGCAAAGGGACGGACAGUCAUGACUAAGCUUUUUCCUUCUAGAAGGGGCUGCUGCCAGUACUAAAUAAGGCUUGAAGUUCUUGCAUAUGAUCAUAGUAGAAAAUACAUCUUUGGUUUUCUGUCUUUUAUCAUUUCUUCAAAUUUAGGCUUUUGACUCAUUCAGAACAUUAUUGACUAAUGAAUUGGCAUUUUCUGUUUCUGAUUCAUUAAGAGAAUCCUGAAACUGUUGCUGUCACACCAUCGUUAUUAAGCCAUGCAGAUUUCUUUUUAUAGUAGCUCUGCGUUUCAAAACCUAAUCAGUGUUUCAUUCUGUUAUUACAGGGCUUUGAUGCUGCCAGCACUCUCUUUUACAUAGGAAAGUCUAGAUUUGCACAGUAAUAUAGGAAUUAAAAUGACCUAACUUCAAACUUUGAUUCAGCUUGCUAAAUCAGGGGUUUACUACUAGCUUGAACUGACUUUGUAGUAAUUAUUUUGCUACUAGCCUUAUUGGAAACAAAUUAUCAACUAGUUUCCCCUGCACAAAAUUUGAAAAUCACUGCUUCACUUAAUCUGUUUAUAUUAAUGUGGACUGAUACACAUGAAUUAACUAUAUAUUACUUAGCUAGUAUUAAAUGAAGAAGAGACUGAAAUCCUUCUGUAUUCCUUAUUUGCAAAAGCCAGCCAACUAAGAGGACAAACCGUUAGCAAAUGAAUGUAAUAAUUACUUGUUUCCAAGAUACUUAAGCACAUAAGCAAAUGUAGGAACAGGUUCCAUUCUUUUCCUAAUAACAAAAGGCAUCUUCAAUAUGUGUGAUUUAAAAGGAAGGAGAUUCUGAUUUCCUGAAAAACAAUAUUUUGGCCUGUGUUGAUUCUUAUUCUGAAUGUUUGUUUACAUAAUGUACAGUAUAUAUUCAGAAAGUAUUUUUGCCGCGAUGUUUACUUUCUAUACUGUAGUGCUUUGGUAUUCCCACGGCGCCCCUCUUCCCCCACAGAUGUACAGUGUUCGUCUCAAUGCUAAAUCUACAAUGUAAUGUGAGUGCAUUGUAUGGGUUUGAAACCAAAGGAUGAAUGAAGCAUUCAGAGACUUAAUAUUUGAAAAGGAAGACUCUGUAUUUUAUAUUUUCUUACAGGCAUUGAAAUUUAUGAAGUUAAUAAACUAUACAUACCAUGCUGCUAAUGUUUUCAAGUACAUGUUGAAUAAUAAGAAUUGGGGAGUUGUUUUUUUAAUAGUAGUCUAAAGCAGCAGCUGUAGAAAUAUUGAAGUAAAUUCUACAUCUGGACACACCUUCAUAAAUGUGUCAGUUGCGGACUUUUUUUAAUCAUUAUUAAAUAAUAGCUACUUUUUUUUGGCUCUGAAGAUCAUGUGGGCCAGAGCAAAUUCAUGUUCAGUUGGGGUCACCGUUCUUUGUCAGAUUGCUCUGGAAUGCUUUAAUUAUGUUUGCUAAGUGCAUGUUCAUUCUCAGCUUUAUUUCCAGAUGCUUAACUGUUUGGGCAAUGAAGUCUAACUUCAGGUUGAACUUUCUCAUGCUUAAUCUCAGGCUAACUCUAAAGGAUUUUUGUAAAGUUUGAAUAAAAUUCUGUUCACUCAUUUUGAGUUAAGUAUGAAGAAAAGUGAUUGUAUGUUUAAAAAUGAAAAUUCUUCGCUUUGUGAUAAAUGAUUGAUUCUGAGAGCCUCCGUUUCCAUUUGUGAAUGUCAUGCUGGUACGUCAUGGUAUGACGUCAUAAUAUGAAGUGAGUUGCUCUUUUACUGCCAUGACAGAGGAACAGGGAAUACACAGAUACAAAGCCCCUCUCUAGAUACUGAAACCUCAACUUUGGCUAUUUUAAAGAAUUUAACCUGAUAAAUUAACUUCCAGAGGUGGGGGUCCCUCUAAACAAAAUAAUGCUUACAAAUCGGUAAGAAAAAAAGCAAAUAAUAUGAUUAAACAAGUCAGGGGGGAUAAAAAAACAAGUGUCCAGUAACUACUUAAAUGCUACUCAGCCUGCCUAGUAACUCAAGAAGGGAAAAUAGCUGUAGCUCUACCGAUGUUGGGCCAUUUCACCUGAUUUAAUCAUUUAUUUAAAUAUAAUGACACCAAGAAGAAUUUGGGGAGGGGGCACUCUUGCAUCCUCCUGGAGGAUAUAUUGAUGGAAACUUUCUGGAAAACAUUGGUAGCAAUCUUUACAAAGUGGGGCCUCCCUGGUGGCGCAGGGGUUAACAUGCAGCACUAUGAAGCUAGCUACAGAUCCCCAGCCAGGGAGGUGACCCACACGGCGCAGCAGACCUCUCCUUUCUCACCCACUGCUCCCCUCAGCAGUGUAUUUCAGUACAUCUGCAUGUUGUGCUCCCCACUCUGUCUCUGGUGAAUCCCCUCACACCCCCGCUCCAUAUCUGGCCUCCACCCCAGCUCUUUUAUGCAUA